UUGGCCAGCAGGUUGAGCUUCGGGGAGCGGGGGGAACUCCGAGUGCCAAGAUGGCGGCCUCCUCAGCUGCGCGGGUCGUUCAGGGUGGCCUCUCUCGGAACCUCAAGGAGAUCCGGAUCCACCUCUGCCAGCGGUCGCCGGCCAGCCAGGGGGUCAGAGAUUUCAUCAAACAACAUUAUGUGACUUUAAAGAAAGCAAAUCCAGAUUUCCCUAUCCUGAUCAGAGAGUGCUCAGAUGUGCAACCCAAACUCUGGGCUAGAUAUGCGUUUGGCAGAGAGAAGAGUGUGUCACUGAAUAACCUAAACCUGGACCAAGUUGCCAAAGCCUUGGAGAAUGUUGUUAACAGCAAAGCAUAAGGAAAACAAAUGGCAGCUGAAUUUAAAUCAACUUAGAAAAUAAAGCUGAAGUAUCUUGUUUAAGCCAA